AUUCUGACAAGUAUAUUUUAUGAAUGUAAAAGAAACUUAAAUUCUUGAAAUAAUAUUAUAUAAUUCAUUGUUUGUUUCAAACAUAAAUACACCAUGAAUUCUACUGAUAUCACUGAUGAAGACGAAGAUGUUGUCAUAAAAGGUUCGUCAUUAUACGAACAUUUACGCAAAUUAGGUUAUACCGACUUUGAAAGUGUAACAAUAGAAAAACAAAUACCUAAAAAUGAAAAGAAGUAUCAUAAACUAUUUGAUUGUAUAUUUAACGUAAAAAAUAUUUUUAAAAAAUUAUAUUCUAUAUACUUGGGAAUAAUUCAGGAUGAUAGUAUAUCCUACAAACAGGUGGAAACUAUUUUAAAUGCGAAAAUUCUUUUAAAUGAUCAUGGUUGUGCAAUACAUAGUUUUCUUGAUAAAUAUGAAUAUAAACCAUGGAGGACUAUAACAUCAAAAUUUAUUUUAUUUGGCACUAUUUUAUCAUCCUCAGUCUAUAUGUCUUAUAAUACCCAAUAUAAAAGUUCAGCUAGUUUAUUUACAUUAGCUGUAUUAUAUUGCAUUAGUUAUAUAGAAUUUUUGAGAAUAAGGGCACAUAGGGAUCUAAAAUCUAUUGUGUCUUUACAGAAUGAUUUCUUUGAUCUUUGUAAGAAGGGACUGAAAAUUUUGAAAUAUGGCUAUAAAAUAAAAUUGCACCAAGGGAAAAGUUCCCAACAAUUUUCUGAUCUCACAGCAGGUAGACUGAAAUAUUUGCAACCCAUAAUGGAAAAUUUAGUAAAAUAUUUGGGAGUUAUUGCUUGCAUCUAUUAUCAUGCUUCUUUAACUCUUAUGAAACUGCUACCAGUAGAUAUUUGUAAUGAAGAUUUAUUAACGAGAUUUGAUAGUAAAUCAUUUGAAAUACAUGGUGAAAUAAAUUAUCAAAAAUUGAAGACUCUAUAUCAUACUUAUAUCCUUGCUCAGUCUGAGAUGUUGUAUUUAUUAACUAUAGCAUACGAUAAUUAUACUUGGCAGCAAUCAUACAAGAAAAUUCCUGAAUUACAAUUGGCCUAUAUCAUACGUUUUUUAAUCAUGUAUUUAAGCAUAUAUAAAAACAAGUUAUCAGAACACAUUGAUGCUUAUUAUAGUUUUAAACUAGAACCCAUAUCAUAUAAAUACAGAGGUCCAGAUUCAUCUAAAUGGCAAGAUUUAUAUAUGCACCUCUAUUUAGCUUCUAAUAAAUUACAGUUGGCUUACAGCCAUGUAUUAUCAAUACUCCAAGAUAUUGAUAACGAUGUAAUUGAAAAUGUAACAAACGAAGGUUGUAUGGAGAAUACAAUGCAGAAGUUAACUGCAGCUCAAAAAAGUAUUGACACUGCAAAAGAUUUUAUUGAGUUUAGUAGUCUAUUUCUUGUAAAAUCGCAAAAUAGUGGUUCUACAAUUAACUGUAUGGAAACGAAUAUUCCAAUGUUAAAUGCAAAUUCGAAUAUCCAUAUUGUAACUGAUUCAGAACCGGAAAUUAUGGAUGAGGUAUUCGAAGAAUAUAUUAGGGAAGAAUAUUUGAAGCCUUUGAGUGAAGAAGCCGACGAAAUAUCACUGUACAGUUCUAAACGAGAUAAAACGUUGUUUAAAAAUUUUAUGGUUGAAUUAAAGGACGCUUUAGCCGAUAAGAAAAAAUCUAUGUCUGAAAGAGAAUCAAAGGCACUUGAGCGAAUGUAUAAAGCUAUAACAAAAACAAGUACUUCAGAUGAUCAGCUUCAGCAAAUUCCCACACCUCCACCCAUGCCUUCCUUUAAUACUUCUUCUUUAAUAAAGAGUAAUAAUAAAAUUUCUAAUUAUGGAACAAAACCGCAAUUACAUGUAUUACCUGAAAAAUCUAAUGUUGCUCAAUCGAUUAUUAAAAGUGAAGAAGAUUUAAAGGGAAAGAAUAUGGAUGACACAUUAAUAGAAGAAAUGUCACUAAGUAAUAUUAUAUAUUUACCAAAAAAAUCGGAGUUCUCAUCUCUUUUACCACCACCAUUUUUAAAAGCAAAAGAAGAAACUUUUAUAGGAAGCGGUGAAAAUUCUGAGGAUGAUGAAGAAAUUACAGUGGAGAAUAAAUAAAAAAUCAUGCAAUACGUAUUUAUUGUUACGAAAAUACUUUGUAUUGGGAAUCAAGUAGUUUCAUUCAUAUGAUAAAAUACUAAUAUAUUUUGUGAGAAUACAUACUAUAAUGUGUUUAUUUACAGAUUUGAAAUAAAUUACAUAUUUUAUGUAUGAUUCUCAUUAAAAUAAAACUGUAUCUGUAUAAGUUAUGUCCUGUAUAAUACUAAUGAUAAUGACAAUAAUGAUUAA